AUGACACAUUACUCAGUAGUCACUGUUAAUUUCAUAGUAAUUGAAGACAGUGAAAAAGAAGAAAAAAUCUGUCAACACACAAGCGACACGAUACGUAAUGGCAAACCAUUUCACAAUCUCUGUCAUCGUCUUUUGACAGCCAUGAACUCAGAUUCAUAUUCGACAAUAUCUUCAAGCAGUUACAAGAACAGUGACAGUGUAAAUAUUAUGUGGGCUUUAAAAGCUGAAAAAACGAACGCAGAACUCUGCGGGGAAAAGAUAAGCAAAAAUGGAAAGUCAAAGCUUUGGAUAACAUUUUAA